CGCUGGCUCCCUCCGCGAACAACCAAUCAGCGGCUCGGUUGACAGCGGCGAUUGGUACGUUCGGAACUUGGGAUCGAGCGAACUACACCAAAUAAGCAAAUCGCUUUUUCUUGAGCCAUCGAGUCGAGUGCUCUCCUUGUCUGCGAGCAUCAAGAGGCUGACCUCUGCUGGAGUUCUGUGACCAAAGGCCCCCUGCCAGGCCUGGCCACCCCACUCCACCACCACCACCCACUGCUGGUUCCUCCGGGACCCGACCAUGGGGAACCUCCUGAAGGUGCUGACCUGCACCGACCUGGACCAGGAGCCCAACUUCUUCCUGGACUUUGAGAAUGCGACGCCCACGGAGGCAGAGAGGGAGGUGUGGCUGCAGGUGGACGUGGUGCUGAAGGACGCCAGAGGGAUCCUGGACGAGCUGCAGGCCUACAAGGGAGCGGGCCAGGAGAUCCGAGAGGCCAUCCAGAACCCAAACGACGAUGUUCUGCAGGAUCAGGCGUGGGCCGCCGUGGUUCCGCUGGUGGGGAAACUCAAGAAGUUCUACCAGUUCUCCCAGAGAUUAGGUACGUAUCGUAGCCCCCCUCAGCUUCCUGUCAGCGUGAUGACAUCAUCAUGUCGGGCAUCGCCAGACACCCUCCCGUUUCCCUCCGUCUCUGUUCCCCUACAGCCUCCCUCUGUACCGCGCUCCUCCUCUAGGGUCCCUUGGUACCGCCCCCCUUCCUGUGGUGAACACAGUGGUGUACAGUGUAUGUUUUGUUUGUUUCUAUCUCAUAACGUGCUGUUUGUGUGUGCGUGUCCCAUGCAGAUGACCAACCCGGCCAUCCAGAACGACUUCAGCUACUACCGGAGGACGCUGAGCCGGAUGAGGAUCAACAACCUACCGGCGGAAGGGGAGAACGAGGUGAACAACGAGCUGGCCAAUCGGAUCUCUCUGUUCUAUGCCGAUGCCACGCCCAUGUUGAAGACGCUGAGCGACGGCACCACCAAGUUCGUGUCGGAGAACAAGAACGUCCCCAUUGAGAACACGACGGACUGCCUCAGUACCAUGGCCAGCGUGUGCAAAGUCAUGCUGGAGACGCCGGAGUACCGCAGCCGCUUCACCAACGAGGAAACGGUGUCGUUCUGUUUGCGCGUGAUGGUGGGCGUCAUCAUCCUCUACGACUACGUCCACCCGGUCGGGGCCUUCGCCAAAUCCUCCAAGAUAGACAUGAAAGGUUGCAUUAAGGUCCUCAAAGACCAGCCGCCGGGCAGCGUGGACGGCCUGCUCAACGCUCUCAGGUACACGACGAAACACCUAAACGACGAGUCGACCAACAAGACGAUUAAGCUCAUGCUGCAGUAAGAGGCUCGUCGCCCUCGGCAACAGCCCCCUCUCCGAUGGGCGGGAACCACUCAGAAUUAAUCUUUUUACGCUUCUUAUUUAAUUAUUAUUUUAAAGCAAACGGGCUGCAGCUCCGCCCACCUUUAGGACGCGAGAUGUCGUCAUGUCCGUCAUGUGCCAAAAAGCUGUCGUGGAGUUGCAACGUUUCCGAUGUUUAUCCACUAGAGCCGACGUCUGCUCAGGUGUUUUUAAAAGCAGGGGUUGUCUCCCUGUGCCAGGGAGCGCGGCGAGCUACACUUGAAACAUUUCAAAGAAAGAGAAAGAAAUAUAUAAAUUGAUAUAUAUAUCAAGAGAAAGAAGUAUAUAUUAUUUUUGUCUGAUUAGUUAUUUAAUAUUACAUCUUCUGCAUGAACAAAAGGAUGUCCUUUUGAGUUUUCCUCUAUUUAAGAUCGGUUUGAGUUGAAUGUGUCUGCUCUGCUGUGCGCGUGAUGUUGUUGUUGUUGUUGUUGUUGUUGAGACGGUACCUGUCCCGAGAUUAACAGUACUGUUUUAUAUUUUUUUAUAGGUUUUGUUUUGUUUUGAUUUUGGAUAGUUGUGCAUCUGAUGAUUUUCAAACUGUGACGCGUGGAGUGAGUGCUAUACAUGGACAGGGUCCCAUCGCUGGGAAAAAUACAAACGACAAAGAAAAAAAAAGCAACAACAAAUAAAACGGGAAUGUUUUUCUACAA